AUGGACAAAGCGCGCAAGACUCGGGUUGAAGUGAUCACUCGACAGCAACUUAUCGAUGCAUACGUACGCAUUCGUACACGAUGUGACGAAACAUUUAUUCGAGUUUAUGCACAAAUGGAUGAGCAAUUUAGGGAGGUAAGACAUGUGCGCUCUUUGGCGCUUAAUCUGCAUUUUGAUACCAGUACUGAUAAAGCAUGCGCAUGCCACGAAACAGGUCAUAUGAAAACCAACAAGAAUUGUCCGUUGUACGGUAAAGAUUCAACAAAAGGAGCAGUCAAAACGAUUGGCGACAUACAUCCGGUGCCGUUUUGGAUUUCUGGCUUGUCAUUCGCAAAAAUUUUAUCUGAUAGUUUAGGAGAUUCGGAAAAAUUAUGUAUUGAAAAAGAGGAAAAGGUGGAGCAAAUGAGGAACAGAGGGAGUGAUAAAACGGAAGGACUGGAAUAUGAAGGGCACAGUUUUGAGUACAUUGGUGUGCGCUUUUUAUCAGAAGCUGUAGCAUUAACGGAUGAGCAGCUUGAAAAGAUGGCCAUUCCAUCUGGCGAAUUGAUUGCUGUGGAAGGCACAAAACUGAAAAUUUCAAGGAAAUUGUACAGUCAUGCAGAAAUGAUCAAAAAGAAUGCGUUGAGGCUUCAUAUACCACGUGGGCUAUUGGAAGGUGAUGGAAAAUUGGGGGGUACGACUGGUAAGCCAUCGCCAUCAACACCUGCUGAUGGGGAAGAGAAGAUAAGUAUGGUGCAUGGUAUUGAUAAUAAUGAUGAUGUUGAUCCGGAUGAUGACGUCGAGAUUCCAGAAAUGCCUGAACGGCCAAAAACCGGCAGAAGUCGGAGUGUUGCGAGCAGUUCCGCUAAACGACGCUAUGCAACUGAUAUGGACGACUAUCUGUUUGGUCCUCAGAAAACUGUCAAAAGAAUAAGAGCCGAUCCAAAAGUGUCGAUGUCUAUUGUGCUGAAUGAAAUAUUUUAUGAUUUGCGUAGUGUGCCCGGCUGCGAAGAAAUCAUGUUUCCUGUACCUGAUUACUAUAGCAUCAUCAAAGAACCAAUGGAUUUGCAAACAAUCAAGAGAAAAAUUUCGGAAAACAAGUAUGAGUUAAGACGGCAAUUCCUCUAUGAUGUCAAGCUAAUUAUGGACAAUUCCAUACUUUACAAUGGUGUUAAUCAUCCAAUUACAACUACGGCAAAAAAUGUAAUUAAUAGAUUUGGCAGAUAUGGGAAUCGCUUCGUAGUGCUUAGGGAUCAUUUCUACUGGACGUGCUUCCACACGCUGGGCGGAAUAUAG